AUGAAUGGUGAAGAAAUCAUCUCCAUAGAUGUUGAAGAACCUUCCCGGCUUUCAAAUGUGGUAAUGCCAUCCGAUAGAACUGAAGAAGUCACUGUAGUUGAGCAGUCUCCAAUUGAUCAACAAACAGAAGUCAACUAUAGAAUUUGGAAAAAGAAUGCCCCAUUUCUCUAUGAUUAUAUUACAACACACUCGUUGUUAUGGCCGAGCUUGACAGUACAAUUUUUUCCAGAUUUAGAGAAACCAUUACCGAAAGAAGCAAGACUAGAUCCAUUUCAAGACUUCAAGAAAACUGAUGCAAAUGAACCUAAAUCAGAGAAUGAAGUAUCCAUUCAAAGAAUUUUGCUUGGAACAUUUACGCUUGGGCAAUCUACAGAUAGUAUUUCAAUUCUUCAAUUGCCAUACUAUACCAAUUUAAAUAAGAAUCUUACCAUAGAUAAACUAGAUUAUAAUCACGAAAAAGAAGAGUUUGAAUUAACAAAGGUAGCAAAGAAGAAAAUCAAUGUUUUACAAAAAAUAAAUCACUGGGGUGAUGUUAAUAAACUGAGGUAUAUGCCUCAAAAUCCUGAUGUCAUAGCUAGUUCUAAUAAUUUAGGUAACUUGGUAAUUUACGACAGAACGAAGCAUGCAAGCUUUAAGAAUAGUUUGAUAGGUGAAGAUACAGAAAUAAACAAACCGCAGUUGCACUUAAUUAAUGAAUGGAAUCUGUCCGAUUCUGAUAUAUUUGCCAUUGAUUGGAAUAAGCAAAAAGAAGGCGUGAUAGUAUCAGCUAAUAUGGAAGGUAAUAUUAACUUAUAUGAUAUUAAGAGUAAAUUUACCUCCAAAGAUGUCCAAACCAUAAAUGACUCACAAAAUUUUAGCAACUCCAGUAUUGCCAUAAAUGAUAUUGAAUGGAUACCGAACCAUGAUUCUAUAUUCACUUUUGUUGAUGAUCAAGGAUAUAUUAAAUUACUUGAUGUAAGAUUACCAGAACAUCAGCUGUUGAUUCUUCAGCAUCAAAAAUCAGAUAAGGGAAUUAAUAGUGUAAGCGUUAAUCCUGGUAAUUCAGCUUGUUUAGCUACAGGUGAUAUAGAUGGUAUUAUAGAUGUUUGGGAUAUUCGAAUGUUUGGUUCUGGAAAUGCAAACAGUGUAUAUAGUAUUAAAAAUCAACACCAAGGAUCCAUUACACAAGUCAAGUGGCAUCCGAAAUAUCAUAAUAUUUUAGCAUCUUCAUCAAGUGAUAAGCUGGUUAAGAUAUUUGAUUUGAGUACAAUUGAAGGAGAAGAAGACGAAGAAGGACUAAUAUUUACUCAUGCUGGUCAUAUGUUAGGCGUGAAUGAUUUAGAUUGGUCUUUGCAUGAUGAUUGGUUGAUGGCAAGUGUUGCAGAUGACAAUUCCUUACAUGUUUGGAAGCCUUCGAAGCAAAUAGUCAAACACUACGAAACCGUAUAG